AAAAGCUGCCAGACUGGGAAGAUCUCAACAGCAGAAGCUGCAGCACAGUCUCACACGUGUCGAGACGUUGGUGUGCAGACAGAACACAGCCAAGAGCCUGCCCAGGACUUCCAGCAAGAGGCCCAGGUGGAUCACCCUGGGCUCCUGUCAUUCCUUCAGAGAGUGGAGGAUGCUGUGGUCAAAGAGCUGAACAAAAACUGGCACAGCCAUGCCUUUGAUGGCUUUGAAGUGAAGUGGACAGAGCAGAGUGAUGCAGUGCUGUGUUUGCAUACAUUGUCAUACCCUGAGGCUCAGGCUCAAAACCUGCAGGUUACCAGUGUCUCAUGGAAUGCCACAGGAUCCGUCGUCGCGUGUUCCUACGGCCGGUUGGAUGAUGGGGACUGGAGCACAGGAAAAUCCUAUGUUUGCACCUGGAACCUGGACAGAAGAGGGUUGAAGCCACAGCACCCAGACCUGGUGGUGGAUGUCCCCAGCUCUGUCAUGUGCCUGGCCUUCCACCCCUCCCAGCCCUCACUGAUAGCUGGUGGCCUUUUCAGUGGGGAGCUGGUGGUGUGGGACACCAGCAGGACAGAAGACCCUGUGAUCUGGAGGACAGGGAUGACAGAUGACACUCACACUGACCCAGUUUAUCAGGUUAACUGGUUACCUGACCCCAAGCACAGAACCCACUCCAGACUGCUGAGUGUGUCAACAGAUGGGAAGAUCCUGGUGUGGAGGGAGGAGCGGGACGGUCGGCUGGGCUUGGACGAAGGGUUUGCCAUGGUGGCUCAGCAGAGCCGUGGCAGCACUCGGCUGAAGAAGUUGGCCUGGGGAGAGGCAGCUGUGGGGGUGACCUCCCUCUCUUUCUCACACUUUGACCCCCGUGUGUUCGUGGUGGGUGUGGAAGGAGGCUGUUCCCUGAGAUGCUCCACUGCAGCCCAGGCUGUGGCUGUCCAUGGCACAGGCAGCUCCGUUCCGCUCCGGGCGCCGGCUGAGUUUGCCUUCUCCCCACACGCUGGACCCGUGUACUCUGUCAGCUGCUCCCCCUUCCACAGGAACCUCUUUCUGAGCUGUGGGACUGAUGGGCAAGUUCACCUGCACUCCAUGCUGCAGGCACAGCCCCUCUUGGCUCUGCAGCUGUCCAAGAAAUACCUGUUCUGUGUGCGCUGGUCUCCAGUUCGACCUCUGGUCUUUGCAGCUGCCUCUGGGGAAGGAGAGCUGCACCUGCUGGACCUGGCCAGGAGCUCACAGAAGCCCACGGUGUCCCUGAGGCAGGCAGCAGGCAACUGCCCCGUGUACUGCCUGGAGUUCAACAUCAAGCAAACACAGCUCCUGGCAGCAGGGGAUGCUGCUGGAACUGUCAAGGUCUGGCAGCUGAGCUCUGAGUUCACUGAGCAGGGACCCAGGGAGGUGAAUCACCUGGAGCAGCUGGCGAGUGAGAGCAUGGACUAA